AAACAACAAGUAUUGUCUCCCAACAAUGACAACCAAUCCUGGUCCAAAGAUACAUACGUCAUAUUCUGACAUCCGAACCAUCAACCAUGCCGAACUCAAGUCUAAGUUACGGAAAUGGCAUGUCAUCCGGAGCUAAGUGAGCCACACCCUAUCCCUAUCACCGGAUCAAUUGUCAAUAUACUGAUCUCGAGGUACUGAUAGGUCCCGGAAUACCGCCUUCCUAACCAUGUUCGCGGUUAUCUCCGGCGCCUUGCUCACAUUUCGGAUGCAGUCGCCAAGCAAGGAGCAGAGGUUCUCCCCUGAGGGAGACCAGCAGGCUAUUGAUGGGGAGAAUAAGCUUGGACGUUCGAUGUUCGUUUCGGACGGGGAUCGGGAGGCUGUUAGGGGCGGGAAGCCUGGAGAACCGAAGGUUGGUCGGGCGCCGCAUGAGGGGUUGGGUGGGCGGUGAUGGUUGUAUAUGAAUGUGUGGGUUGCAUGAGGGGGGGGCUUUGUCAUGCAUGGGCAUGUUGCAUAACGUUGUUGUUUCUUCGUUGGGCAUGAGAAGUAGGGCAUGUGAAAUAGGUCUGGUACCUUGUACUUGUA